AUGGCCGAUUACCAGUACGAUCAACGUCGAUACGGUCCGUCCUCUGGCAACCAACGAGAUGCUGCUUUUUCCAACAUAUUCGGGGCUCAGCCCCCUCCUGGUCGCACGGGAACUGCCUCCGCUCCUCUCCCCAACAAUACAAUGCAGGGCGAAAGAACACAGACAAUGUCUUCCAUGUCCAAUGGGCCUCCACCAGAUCUGCAUCACCGGGCGCCUCCACGACCCCAGCGUGCCGGUGGCUAUGAGGAAGUAGUGUCCCAUCGAACUCGAACCAUGGAUGCAAGUAUGGCCAAUGGAUACUACCAGCGUCAGAGGAAUCCAUCAGGGGGUUAUCCUCCUCCACCUAUGCGAGGAGAUCCGUAUGCGCGACAACCACAGGGCCCAAAUCAGCGACCCUAUCCUGGCCCGCCGCCUCAGAACUCGGGUAGAUACGAUCCUAGAGGGCCGCCUCCGCAACAACACUACCCUCCACGAAACCCUGCGCCCAGGUAUUAUCAGGGUGGUCCUCCGCCGGGGCCUGCUCUUCGAGACGACCCGUAUCGUUCGCAGUCCCUCGCAACCACCCCACGCCAGCCGAUGUAUCAACCGCCACCGAAUUCAUAUCAGACCCCUCAACAAUUUCGACAUCCUUCCAACCAGAUUCCUAAUCCUAUGUCUCGGACUACCGCUCAAGGUCGAGUCGUACCCGAACGUCAUGACGAAAGGUCCAUGACCAUGACUGGAUAUCCUCCAGAGCGUGAUUCACAUCAAACCAUGAGUGGUCGCGUCAUUCCAAACCGAAUGAGGGCUCCAUCGAAUGAGAUGCCACCUUUGAAUUCGAGUCCCAAUCUAAACGGAUAUAACGGCUAUGGCCAUCCUCCGGGAUCCGCGACAAGGACGAUGAGCAUGGCCUCAUCUACCACCGCCAAUGACCACAGCCGCACUAUGUCUAUGGCUAGUACAAUAGUACCCGAAACAUCAGAACAGGCCCGGCAGCAACUUGUUCACCAACAACUCGUUCACCGGCCCUCGAAUGCCAAAUCACUUGACGGGGAACGGCCGCCAACUGCAAAGAUUCGAUCUCCCAUCGUAUAUCCCGCCUUGCUGUCUCGAGUCGCCGAAUGUUUUCGGCAGAAGAUAAUAGUUGGUGAGCGAACGAAGAACGAGCUUACAUACAAGAAUGCCUUUAGUGGCUCAGAAGCCGUCGAUGUCCUCUCAUACAUUAUUAGGACCACAGAUAGGAAUUUGGCGUUGUUGCUAGGUCGAGCGCUUGAUGCACAAAAGUUUUUCCACGAUGUGACAUACGAACAUAGGUUACGAGACUCGGCAUCCGAGAUGUACCAGUUUAGGGAAAGCCUCAUGGAUGAGCCAGAAGACAAACCGCCUGUAAACGGUGUGUUCGUCUUGCUCUCUGAAUGUUACUCGCCCACCUGCACAAGGGACCAACUAUGCUACUCUAUCGCUUGCCCAAGAAGGUUGGAACAGGUCUCUCGUCUCAACCUCAAGCCACAAGUGGGCUUGAGGAAGGAUCAAGACGCUGUCCUUAAUGACGACGCUGACCAGACGGAUGAGCAGAAGCUCUGGAUUAAUACUGUUCCUAAGGAGAUUGCUGAAAGUGUCAGCGACAGGGAGAAGAAACGGCAAGAAGUCAUCUCCGAAAUAUGUUACACGGAAAGGGAUUUCGUCAAGGAUUUGGAAUACCUACGAGACUUCUGGAUUCUACCCUUGCGAUCUAAGGGAUCACCCAUACCUGCGCAAAAGAGAGAGAUUGUCGUUCAGCACAUCUUCAGCAACAUUAUUGAUCACCCAAGCAUCCACUCGGUCAGCUCCCGAUUUGCUAGGGCAUUGACAGAACGACAACAAAGACAUCCUAUUGUGAAAAACUUGGGUGACAUAUUCCUCGAAAUCGUACCUCAAUUUGAGCCGUUCAUCUUGUAUGGUUCUAAGCAGUUGGAAGCCAAGUUUGAGUUUGAAAAUGAACGAUCCAACAAUCCAUACUUCUCAAAAUUCGUUGAUGAAAUUGAGAGGAGGAAAGAAUCCAGAAAACUAGAACUCAAUGGUUAUCUUACAAAGCCCACGACUAGAUUAGCUCGUUACCCUCUGCUACUGGAAAACGUUUUGAAAUAUACCGAGGAUGGGAAUCCAGACAAGGAAGAUAUUCCUAAGGUCUUGACAAUGAUCAGAGAUCUUCUUAGCCGAGUCAAUGCCGAGUCUGGUAAAGCCGAGAACCGAUUCAACCUACGUCGUCUCCACGAGCAACUCAAAUUCCGUCCUGCCGAUAAAGUCGACUUGAAACUAACGGAAGAUGGGCGUGAAUUGGUCUUCAAGACGCAAUUCAAGAAAGGUCCGACAGAUCCUACCGAUAUAACAGCUUUCCUAUUCGACCAUGCCGUUUUGUUAGUGAGGAUCAAACAACAAGGCAAGACGGAAGAAGUGAAGACUUAUCGAAGGCCGAUACCCUUGGAAUUACUGUCGAUUAAAGAAAUGGAUGAGGUUAUACCUCAGUCCGGUGUCAAACGAGCAUCGUCAAACCUGCCAUUCCGAGGAGGUAGCACGGAUAAGAAGACAGCAGAAGGCUGGCCCAUCACCUUCCGUCAUCUUGGUAGGAAUUACUACGAACAAGUCUUGUAUGCAUCGAAUCAAUCCGCGCGGCAGAAGUGGCUUGAGUUCAUUGAUGCAGCUCAACAACGGCUUCGAGCGCGAGCUGAUUUCUUCAAUGUCAACAUACUGUCUCAAAACUUCUUCCAAGUUGGUAAUCUUGUAAACUCUGUCACUCCAUAUGAUGGUGGCCGCAAACUGAUCUACGCAACUGAUCAUGGUCUUUAUGUCUCCGAUCGCAAAGCCAAGGACAGUCAACCCAGACGUGUUAUUGAGACACAGCAUGUUACCCAAGUAGACGUCUUGGAAGAAUAUGGUCUUUUGCUGGUCUUAUCUAACAAGUCACUUCUGUCUUACCCGCUUGCGGCAUUAGAUCCAAAUGAACCAACACUAGCCAAACGUCCGAAGAAAAUUCAAAGCAACUGCAACUUCUUCAGGACAGGCAUCUGUCUUGGUCGACAUCUAGUGUGCUGCGCGAAACCAAGCGCACUCUCGACGACAAUUAAAGUGUACGAACCCAACGACCAGAUGAGCAAGGGCAAGAAACAAAAGGGAUUCGGUAAAAUGUUCAAUGCCGGCCAAGAUGAACUGAAGGCGUUCAAAGAGUUCUACAUUCCCACCGAAGCUUCAUCCGUCCAUUUCCUCAAGAGCAAGCUUUGUGUAGCCUGCGCAAGAGGUUUCGAGGUCGUCUCGCUCGAAACGCUAGAAACACAGUCACUCCUCGACCAGGCCGAUACGUCGCUAGAUUUUGUCGCAAGGAAAGAAGGUACCAAGCCAAUUCACAUUGAACGUCUGAAUGGCGAGUUCUUGCUCAACUACACCGACUUCUCCUUUUUCGUUAAUCGAAACGGUUGGAGAGCAAGACCGGAAUGGCGAAUUGAUUGGGAAGGAACGCCACAGGCUUUUGCUCUGUCCUACCCCUGGAUCUUAGCCUUUGAGCCCAAUUUCAUCGAGUUAAGGAAUAUUGAGAACGGGGCUAUACAUAUCGUUCCUCACAAGAACAUCAGGAUGCUGCAUAGCAGCACACACGAGAUAUUAUUUGCAUAUGAAGAUGAAGCUGGCCACGAUGUGGUUGCUGCCAUCGAUUUCUGGAAGAGCAACCGAAAAUCCGAGAUACCAAAUCUACAGUGA